GCCUCUGUCCGGGUUCUCGCGAGAUUUCCCUGGAAACACCGCACAACCGCGUUCGUAUGGUGUGCAUGCUAAAGUACCCCAAUAACUUUGCCAACUUCCAUGUAAAACCUUUUCAGUUUCAAUCGGUAACGUGAAUUUUACACGGGGAACACCGUCACCAUGAGUAUACUCGCCAAAAUAGCAGAAAUUGAAAAUGAGAUGGCCAGGACGCAGAAGAACAAGGCCACAGCUCACCACUUGGGUCUGCUCAAAGCACGUCUUGCCAAACUCAGAAGGGAACUCAUCACACCUAAAGGAGGCAGCGGUGGUGGGACAGGAGAAGGUUUUGAUGUAGCGAAAACCGGUGACGCUCGUGUCGGCUUUGUCGGCUUUCCUUCUGUAGGAAAGUCUACACUGCUAAGUAACCUUGCAGGUGUAUACUCUGAGGUUGCUGCCUACGAGUUCACCACUCUAACAACAGUACCUGGAGUCAUUCGGUAUAAAGGUGCUAAAAUUCAGCUCCUGGAUCUCCCAGGAAUCAUUGAGGGCGCCAAAGAUGGAAAGGGCAGAGGCCGACAGGUCAUCGCAGUGGCUCGAACCUGCAAUCUGAUUCUGAUAGUGCUCGAUGUGUUGAAGCCUCUUCUUCAUAAGAAGCUAAUAGAACAUGAGCUGGAAGGCUUCGGCAUUCGGCUUAACAAGCAACCACCAAACAUUGGUUUCAAGAAAAAGGACAAAGGAGGCAUCAACUUUACCGCUACGUGUGCACAGAGUGAGCUUGACGCUGAAACAGUUAAGAGUAUCUUGGCAGAGUACAAGAUCCACAACGCCGACAUCACUCUGCGCAGUGACUCCACAGCUGAUGACCUCAUCGAUGUGGUGGAGGGAAAUCGCGUCUACAUCCCAUGCAUUUAUGUGCUCAACAAAAUCGACCAGAUCUCCAUUGAAGAGCUCGACAUCAUCUACAAAGUGCCCCACACUGUGCCCAUCUCAGCCCACCACCGCUGGAACUUUGAUGACCUGCUGGAGAGGAUGUGGGACUACUUAAGGCUUGUGCGCAUCUACACCAAACCCAAAGGCCAGCUUCCUGAUUACACGUCUCCUGUUGUGCUCCCCAAUGACCGAACUUCAGUGGAGGAUUUCUGCAUGAAGAUUCACAAAAACCUCAUCAAAGAAUUUAAGUAUGCACUUGUUUGGGGCUCCUCUGUAAAGCACAACCCUCAAAAGGUGGGCAAGGACCAUGUGAUGGAGGAUGAAGAUGUUAUCCAGCUGGUGAAAAAGUAAAAAAAAAAAAAAAAAAGGAUUCUUAAUGCUCACUGCAUGACCCAUGUUAUCACAAAGUGUUCUGUACAGCUGCUCAAUAAACUACCGGACAUGUCUGUCAUUACAGCA